AUGAAGGGUGGUGCUAUUUUAUCCCUUUUCUUCAUCCUCUCCCUCAUUUACUCCUUUGUUCACAUGAGUAAUGCUGCUCCGCCAUGCGGCACGGUGGACAUGAAAGCCGCCGCAUGCAUUAGCUUCGCCACCGGGAAGGACAAGAAACCGUCGGCCGCGUGCUGCUCGGGGCUGCAGCAGCUUGCGCAGACUGUGAAAACGGUCGACGACAAGAAAGCCAUAUGUAGAUGUCUAAAAGCCGGCAUAAAAAACUUUAGUGGAGUCCAGGACAGGUUCCUCAGCCAGAUUCCGACUGCGUGCAAAAUUAGGGCUCCAUUGAGGAGCAUUGGAGUCGAAACGGAUGGUUUUGAGGUGGUCGUCACUAGGAAUGUGUUGAAUAAGACUUGAACUCCACUCUUCUUUGGGAGUGUGUUUGUUAUUUGUGUAUUUGAUUGUUCUUCUAUGGAGCUAUUGAAUAAGACUGAAAAAAGUGGUGUUUGUUCAUUUUACAAAAAUCAUCUUUUCAAAUACACUUUUGAAAAUAUGUUACCAAACAAUCACUCAGAUGCAUUCCAUCAAUUGACUUAUAUUAGUAUCAAGUUUGAAAUAAAGAAUCUCAAAUAACUACACACUGCAUUUGGAGUGACAUAAUUGAAAUUUCAAAUAAACGAAUUUCAAGCUUAUACGUACGUACUUUAGUAUUUCCACUUUGGAAUUGGAUGGUUUGGGUAAG